AUGAAUUCAAAUAAUAAGCGCCUAGCAAAGCCUGGGUUUAUUAGCAGGAUUAUUGUUUGAUGACUCUACCCACUUGCAUGAAACUCUGUAAAAGAAAGUAAAAAAGAUGAGAAAUACCUCCAGCCAAUUCUCGAAGGCCUAAGGCCAGAUGAAAAUAGUAAGAAACUACAAAAAGCUUGGGAAAAUGAAAUGUCUUUGAAAAAUCCAAGCUUUAUGAGAGCUUUAUUUAAAGCAUUCGGUUACGAUUAUUUGAAAAUAGGAAUUCCAUUUACUAUAAGCUUGUUUGGAAAUUUAGGGAUUUCAAUAUUACUUACUCCCCCCUCCGUGAGCGAAAAAAAAAAAUUUUUCGCUCAAGGAGGUGGGUUAAUUUUUUUUUAAAACUUUUAUAAUAAUUUUUUUUUUCAAAAUUUAAAAACAUUCUAAUUUGUAAAAUUUGAGUAGUAAAAAUUAAUUUAAUUUGCAAAAUUUAUGUUUUAAAAUGCAAGCUGUUUAAAAUUAACCAGAAUUAGAGAGAUUUCAUUAUACUAAUUUUCACAAAAUUUUUUUUUUUCUCAUAAAAUAAUUUUUGUUCGCUCACUGAGGGUGGGUUCUUGGUCAAAAAUAGGAAUUUUUUUCCAAUGGUUUUGCUCGCUCACGGAGGGGGGAGUUAGCAAAAUAAUAGAUUAUUUUGAAAAUGAAGAAGCUGGGCUAUGGGUAGCUGCAGUUUAUUCAAUUCUUUUACUAAUUGUAUCUGUUAUUGCUUUUAUUCAAAACGAAAGAGGAUAUUUAGAAUCAAUGUUGCUAGGCAUCAAAAUAGAAAGCUCAAUAUCCUUAUUGUUAUACGAAAACACAUUAGCAUUUUCCGCAAAUUCUUUAGGCCCGAAAUCUUCUCAAGGGAAAAUUGUCAACUUAGUUUCAUCAGAUAUUGAAAAUUUCCGAAAUUUAUCAAUGACAGUAUCCAUAUGGGUCUUUCCAAUUUACUUUAUCGCUGCCAUGGUCACAAUUGCAUUUUUUCUAGGCUGGGCCGGAGUUAUAGGUCUUACUUUGGUUCUUUUUAGUUUUCCUAUGCAAAUGUUUUUAUCAAGAAUGACUUCAAGAAAAUUAAACAAAACAAGCAAAUACAUUGACAGUAGGAUCAACUUAAUUAGCAAUAUAUUUGACGGAAUAAGAAUUAUCAAACUUUAUGGCUGGGAGGUUCCAUUUAUGAAUAUGAUCAGUCUUAUAAGAGGAUAUGAAAUUUCUGAGUAUUGGAAGAGCACAAUUUUGAAAAUUUUUGCCUAUGGAGUCAAUAUAAGUGGCCAAGGAAUAAUCAUUCUUAUCACUUUUGCACUAUACAUUCGCAUAAGCGGUCCACUUGAAUAUAGCAAUAUUUAUUGCGGAAUGAGCAUACUGAUGAUAUCAUAUUCUUAUAUGACAGGAAAUGUCGCAUUAGGAAUGCUUCAAAGAGGGCUUUACAUAUCCACAUGCAAUAGGACUAAAGAAGCAUUGAUGUCUCAGCACGUCAAGAAGUAUCCUCACCAAGAGAAUGCAAUAGGAGCCAUCUCAUUUAGAGAAGUAAAUUCCAGCUGAGCUCCUAUGCCUGAGACGGCACCAGAUCCAAAACUAACACAUGGAUUUGUGUCAACUUUAGAUAAUAUUGAUGAAAGCCUUGGAGGUUAUAAUUUCACUGUCGAGCCAGGUGAACUUUGUGCUGUUAUAGGAAGUGUUGGCUCUGGAAAAACUAAAUUGUUACAUACCAUUCUUGGAGAUUUGCACAUUAAAAUGGCGACGCAUGUCAAAAUGCCUAAUUAUCGCGGUCUGAACCUUAAGACUCAUAUUGGAACAGACACAAAGCUGAGUUUGAGAAUAUAGAGCGUUUUCUGCAGCUUGAAAUGGAUGAUCCCAAGGCUGUGGCCAUGCCACAUGGUGCAGUUUUUUUCCUGCUGCUUUUAAACCAAGGCACUUCGACACCCAUCAAACUCUAAUGAGCUAAUGUCAAGCUACCACCAAUUUCCCGUCAGAAGGCCUCAGAAGUCGAUAAAUCACUCACUCACUCAAGACUGAACCCAUUGGUUAUUAUCAGAUCUAAUUGGCAGUUCUUCGCAAAGCGGACAAAUUGCCCAAUAUGCGACCUGGUAAGUAUCUAACUAAUUAUUCUUGGAGAAAACAUUUAUAUACGGAGGAGAAAUAAAAAUGGGAGGAUCACUAGCAUAUGUAGAGCAAGAGCCCUGAAUCAUUGCAGGGACUGUAAAAGAUAAUAUUUUGAUGAGCGAGCCAUAUGAACAAUCCAAAUAUGAAAGCGUUCUAAAAUGCUGCUGUUUGGAAGAGGACGUAAAUGCAAUGUCAAAUGGCGAUAAUACACAUGUAGGAGAGCACGGAUGCAAUUUAAGUGGAGGACAAAGAGCCAGAAUUUCUCUUGCUAGAGCAGUCUAUGCUGACAAAGAUAUUUAUCUGCUUGACGACCCUUUUAGUGCAGUUGACGCAAGAGUAGCUGAAAACAUUUUAAAAGUAUGUAUAAAAGGUAGACUGAAAAGAAAAACCAUCAUUAUGGUCACUAAUCAGCUUUAUUACCUUCCAUUUUGUUCAAAAAUCUUAUUAGUUGACAAUGGAAAAAUCAUCUUUGAAGGGAAUUAUGAUAAAUUAAGGCAUGAAGAAUGGGCUCUGGAAAUGAUUGGCAAAAAUGGAGAAAAUAAUCAAGAUGAUCGCACAAACUACCAAAUCAAAGAUAUGAAAGAGGUUGCUAAAGAUCCGGCAUCAAAAUCGCAAGAUGAAACACAAUCUGAUGAAGAAGAGGACACAAUAAGCUCAAAGGCAGUAAAACUCAGAGUUUAUUUUCAAUUUCUUAAAGCAGGCUUUAGGUCUUUUUGUGUACUAUUGAUAUUUCUUUCUAUAUGCGCUGUAGCUCAAACUGUAUAUAUCAUCAUGCAAUAUUGGAUUACCUACUGAUGCUCAAAGAGUGAUGGUGAACAGAAAAAGGCAUUUUACCCAUUAGUGCUUCUAGUUGCAACCCUUUGUGUAUUUUUCACAGCAUUUUGCCAAGGAGCUUUUAUCAUUAAUGUCUUGCUAUAUGCUUCCAAGCUUCUGCACAACACUGUUUUUGCAAGAUUACUGUUUGCACCAAUAACAUUUUACGAUGAAAAUCCUGGUGGAAAAUUGCUUACUAUCAUGAAGGAGGGUUAAUUUAUUUUUAAAUUAAUUUAUAAAAUUUUAUAGUAAUUUUAUUUCGAAAUUCCCAAUUCAAAUUUAUUGGAAACAAAUAUUUAUUUAAUUUGUGAAAUUUAUGUUUUAAAAUGCAAGCUGUUUAAAACUAAAGAGAAUUAGCUAGAGAUUUCAUUAUAAUAAUUAACACUUAUAUAUCAAAAUUUUAUAUUAAAAAAUUUAUUGUUCGCUCACGGAGGUUCUGCUUUUGGGCAUUUUUCCAAUUUUUUUUACUUGCUCACGGAGAGGGGGUUAAUAUAUUUUCAAGAGAUAUUUUUAUUGUUGAUGCGUUUGUUUCUGCAGGCCUUUCUGACUCUUUGAGAAUGUUUUUGAUUAUUUUUGCGCUGCUUGUUACAACGGUUUAUAUUGUCCCUUAUUCUCUUAUAGUGAUUGUUAUAUAUUUGUCCUUCUUUUAUAUGGGUCUCACACAAAUAAAAUGGCGAUUUAUCUGGCCAGUGCUCCUUCCAAACCCUCGGAGCUUUUGGGUCUAAGGGAUGCAGGGCUGCCAGGGGUGGGUUUUUCUUCCUAGCUGGGACACCACAGCAAAGUUUUUAACCAUACAUAGGCAAGGAAGCCAGAGUCUAUAUAGCAACUCCUCGCUUUUAGAUGCAAAGAGUAAUGGGGACCAGAAGAGUAUUCGGGAUUAUGUUUUCUAUUAGUUAUCCAAGUACUUGGGUGCGUCUCUUAAUAUAUAGCGAUGUCGACAGAAAAUGCGUUGUGCAAGCCGAAGCUUAUGAUGAGAAGUCUGAAGCUGAUGAAGGCAGGGAGGGGUUGAAAUAAUCCCCGAAGACUCAUUUUAGUUUUAUGUAAUCUAAUCUAUAUGGUUCAUGUACUUUUAAUUAACCUCCCUUUAAAUUGGAAAAAAAUUCUAUAAAAAAAUUACUAUAAAAAAAAUUAUAAUUUUUUCAUAAAAUUAAUUAAUAAAAUUUAUCAAUAGUACUCUCAAUUAAAAUAUAGCAAGCUAUAUUUAAUUUUUGAUAAUCAAAGAUUUUUUUAUAUAGAAAAUAUUUAUUUUUACCGAUAAAAUAAAAUUAUCUAUAUAAAACUAUGCCUAAAGAAUGGAGUAUUAGCGAUAUUUUAUUCAAAUUUAAAGGGGAGUAAGAGGAUCAGGUAUUUAAAACAGCUUGACUUAAGCAGCAGAAAUCCUGUAAAUGAGUGGUUUGGCAUCACUUUUGAUGGGCUAAGAACUAUCAGAUGCUAUAACUUUCAUGGCUAUUUUAAAAAUGCUGCUAUUUCAAAAGUAACUCAAGCUUUGCAGGUGAGUUUUAAUUUUAUUAUCAAUAGCCGCUGUCUGAUUUUAUCUGGCUCCACUUGUGUAGGAGUAUGCUUACUCCCCUAUAAAUUCAUAAUAGAUGCUUUUUCUAUUAUCAAAAUUAAUUCAAAAACGUUUUUUAAAAGAUCUUCAGCAUUGCCUAUUCGAAAGAUUUUCUAAAUAAUGAAAUCUAUAGACUUUGCUAAUUAAUAGCGAGGGAGCUAGGGCUUAAUGCUUUAAUUAUUGUCGCAUUUGUUGAUAAAAGCAAUGCAAGUCUUGCCAGUUUAAGCCUUAGCUUUACUUCAACAAUCAUGCAACUACUUCCAUAUUUGAUUAGGACCAUAGUAGACACUGAAAUCUACAUGUCAAGUACUGAAAGGGUGAACCAAUUCCGAAACAUUUAUCCGGAAGAAGACUCUGAAACUAAAUCCUUAAAUAUCACAGAAGGUAAAAUUGAGUUCAAAGAUGUAACAAUGAGAUAUAAUGAACACUCUGAAUUCAUAUUGAAAGGCGUAUCUUUUGAAAUUGAAGGCGGAAAGCGCUAUGGGGUGAUUGGUAGGACUGGAUCGGGCAAGAGCACUCUAUUCCAAGUGCUUUUUAGGCUCUACCAUAUGCAGGAUGGAGCUAUUUAUAUUGAUGGACAGGACAUAAACACAGUAAGUCUAGCAAGUUUGAGAAAAAAUAUGUCGAUUAUCCCACAAAUACCGUUUAUAUUUACAGAGACUUUGAGAAAUAAUCUUGAUCCUUUGCAUGAGCAUACAGAUGAAGAUUUGCUUGAUGCACUUGACUCCGUGAGCCUUUCUUAUUAUUUUCAAUGUUUUAACGGUUUAGACACCCAAUUGGCAAGCAAUUUCUCGAUAUCUGCAGGGCAAAAACAAUUAAUUUGCCUUGCAAGAGCUAUUCUAAGACAAAAUAAAAUUCUGGUAAUUGAUGAGGCUACAGCUUUCACAGAUGGUCAAACUGAUGAGCUCAUCCAGAAUAUUAUUUCUGAAAAAUUCAAAGGAUCAACAGUUUUAACCAUUGCCCAUAGGCUAUCAACAAUAAUUAAUUAUGACGGCAUUAUACUGAUCGAUGGAGGAGAAAUCAUGAAAAUAGGAAAACCUGAUGAAAUGAUAGAGAAGAGAAGAAUAACGAUGAGGGAGAUGACCAAGAAAGGACGGUCAGACAUUGAAUUUGCCUUAAGGCCGCAAUACGAAAGCAUGACUUGUUCUAGAUUAACUCUCAGUUCAAUUCAAGAAACCCCGAUGAGCCUCACACCAAUUGCACCUCAACCUGCAAGUCCAAUCAGCCAUGUAGUAAAGAAAAAUGCUGCGUUUUCAGAAUAUACAGCAUACCGUGGACUGACUUAUAAAAGAAUUCAGUCCAGAGGUGAAGGCGAUACAACUUUUUUGAAGUCUCAGUAUGAAAGCAUUACUGGAAGUAUCAGAAGCAGUAUUAGGAGAUUUGAAUCCAUUAACAUUCUUUAA